ACCGCAGCUCCGCGGGCAGUGCCGGAACAGGGCGGAGACUGGAGGGCAGGCGGGUCUCAGUGCGGGCCCAGGAGCCCCAGCCAAGUGACCCCGUACUUCGCUACCUCCUGGCCGCAUCAUGAUCCAUCCCGCACCCCGGCUCUCGGUGCCCGCCGCGCUGGCCCUGGCCUCCGCCGCACUGGGCGCCGCUUUCGCCACCGGCCUUUUCCUGGGAAGACGGUGCCAUCCCUGGCGAUCCCGGCGAGAGAAGCGCCUGCUGCCCCCUGAAGACGACCCCCUGUGGCAGUAUCUGCUGAGCCGCUCCAUGCGGGAGCACCCGGCGCUGCGGAGCCUGCGGCUGCUGACCCUGGAGCAGCCGCAGGGAGAUUCGAUGAUGACCUGUGAGCAGGCCCAGCUUCUGGCCAACCUGGCGCGACUCAUCAAGGCCAAGAAGGCACUGGACCUGGGUACUUUCACAGGCUACUCAGCCCUAGCAUUGGCCUUAGCGCUGCCCCCGGCCGGACGCGUGGUCACCUGUGAGGUAAAUCCGGGGCCCCCGGAGCUGGGGCGGCCCCUAUGGAGGCAGGCUGAGGAGGAGCACAAGAUCGACCUUCGGCUGAAGCCUGCCCUGGAGACACUGGAUGAGCUUCUGGCCUCUGGGGAGGCCGGCACCUUCGACAUGGCGGUGGUGGAUGCGGACAAGGAGAACUGCACUGCCUACUAUGAGGGAUGCCUGCAGCUGCUGCGCCCCGGAGGCAUCCUUGCGAUCCUCAGUAACUCCGCUCGACCUCACCUCUGCAGUGGAGGCUCUGCUCAGUGGACAUCACCUCACAACCAGGCCACUUGACCUAGACCUGAGGACCUCAAGGUUGGAGUAUAUAUCCUGUCCUCCCCCUGAAGUCCUGGAGGAAGGUGAGGGACUGGGUGGGAUCACUGGCCAGAAAGGAGUGAAACAGACUGGCCUAUAGGUAGGAGACUAUCAAGUAUGGCAGUUUUUAAAAGUUUCCCACAGGAAGAUGAAGUUAGGCUUUCCCACACCAACACCUAUGAGAGGAGGUGGACAGGGAGCCAGGCCCUUCACUCCUCUCAUUUGGACUUCCCUAAUCCCAGUCCCACAGAAGUCCUACAGGAAGAUCUUAUCUCCACGUCACAGGUGAAGGUCAAGGCAGAUAUUAAGUAUUCUUCCACUAACUGCCUCAGCCUAGAAUACAGUUAGGUUUUGCAACCAGGGUUAGGCCUGGGUCCUCUAAGGCUGGAGACUGUUAGAAACAAGGCCACAGGAGCGCCUGGGUGGCUCAGUGGGUUAAAGCCUCUGCCUUCGGCUCAGGUCAUGAUCUCAGGGUCCUGGGAUAGAGCCCUGUAUCAGGCUCUCUGCUCAUCGGGGAGCCUGAAGUUUCCUCCUCUCUCUCUGCCUGCUUCUCUACUUGUGAUAUCUGUCAAAUAAACAAAAUCUUUAAAAAAAAAAAAAAAAAAAAAAGAGAGAGAAAGAAAAGAAAACAAGGCCACAGGGGCCACAAGGGCCCACAGGUGUCAACUUCCAUCAUCCUCCAUCUUCUUGGACGUACCUAGAAUUUUAUGCAACCCUCAGGGCCAUGGGUGUGAUCCAGCCUUCGCUCUCCCGCAUGUUAAAAUGCUGUUAAGAUGCACCUGGGUAAAUAUGUCCAAAUUACUCUUCAAUGUAUCUUUGACCAAAUGGCAAUUCACUUGUGCCACACCCCAGUCCUGAGUCCGGGACCAAGUAAUGUCCAGCCAUAGCUGAGGGAAGGCCACCUGUUAGCUCUGAGGCAGUAGGCAACCAGGGGCCACAGCAGCUACCAACCUAUGACCUCCCCACAAAGCGGAGUUGCAGAAAUGUCUGCUGCUCUACUUCACACCUCUCUUGAGUAUCCCAAAAGCAGAUGUGCUUUCACACCCAACCUGCAGACAUCUUUUCCUGUUUGUUUGACCUAGCAAAAGAUCCAGACUCCAGCAAAUUGGCUCAAAUUCCAGCUGUCUGCCAUUAAAUCAUGUGUCUUAUUCACACAGGCCAUUCCUGCCAGUCUCAAAGCACUGUACACACUGGUGAGUAUGUACAGCCUUUCUUUGCCUGGGGUCAACAACAAUCCAAUGGAUCUCUGGACAGACUUACAAACUGAAGAUAAAAAGGCAUAUAUCCUCUUAUUUUAUUGUAGUCCAAAAAGGUCAUGGAGUUACUUUAGGGACACAGAGGACUUUGACACAGAUUUAGGUAAAAAGCAAAACACUCCCCAGAAAAAUAAUGUGCUAGCUAGAUACAAGGGAGAUCUGACCCUGGCAAGUAUUUAAACUCUGCAAAUACUUGGAGUCAUUAAUUAUGUAUACUUCUUUUUAUUCAUAAUCUGUAAUGUUUAGGGAUACCAAAAGUAAUUCUAAGGAUGGCUGAAUUUAACAAAAAAUCUUUAACCUCAUCUUAAAACUUCCACUGAUCCAUCUCGUUCAAUGGCAAUUUUCAGUAAUAGGAACAUAAAAACAAACAUGCACACAAUUGCACAGUUUUCAUAAAGGUCUAUUUCAUUAUUGGUGGGUAGCGCAUUUAACAGUUAAAUACAUUUAAAUAAUGUAUAGGUGACUGCACCACUGCAGCAUUGGUAACUAGAUAACCAAUUCAACUAGGAACCAGCUAACAAGUGACUGUCUAAAUAUUUAAAAUACAGCUCUUGUUUAGAUCAUCCUUUGUUUUGAUCACCUUCUUGGGGGGAGGGAAAGCCUGCUGGUCACACUGGAAAUAUAUUAAGGCCAAAUCUUCUGAUAUCCAUUCCCAGAGGUUUCUUUCAAUUGGAUUAAGCCUCCAACUCCAGGGCAAGCCCAAGUUUGUGGCCUCCAGCAUUAAUGCUCUUCCCGUCUACCAGAGCAGACAGUGUAAGCUUGACACCUGUAAACAGAAGCAGGUAACCAUGAUUUGCCUGAAACACCUCAAGAGUCUGCAGUCUUUAAUAAUCAGCCCAGAGCCUGCCUGUCCCUCCCUUAGCCUGUGAGAUGACCUACUAGUGCCAGCCACCAGAGGGCACUUGGGAGUUCCAGAGAUACUGGAGAGAAUUCAGGUGGCCCUAUCCUAGGUUAAGGAUCAAAUAACAGCACUAAAAAUGUUAAUUAAGUUCAAAGUGCUCUAGAAAAUACAGUAACAUUCAAAACACUAUUCAGACUGUAAGACAUUAAAAGACAAUUGUAUUUGCACCAGGACAACUAUAAUAAAGAGAUAAGUGGGGAAAAUUGAAUGUAGACUAUGUAUUAUGUAUUGCUCAACUAACAGUAAUUUCCUUAGCUGCGACAGUGGUAUUGUAGUUAUGAAGAAAAAUGUCUUACUCUGGGAGAUGCAUGUUAGGGAGAUGUGUCUGCAUGUCCGCAAAACACACAUUUAAAUAACUGAAAAGGGGAUGUGGAAAAAAAGGAGUAUGUAUGCAGAUAUGCAAGAGAGAACAGAUGUAGAUGUUAAUUAGUGAAUAUGGGAAAGGGUAUGCAGGUGUUUUUCAUAAAGAAGGCUUUUCAUAAAGAACCUAAAUUCUUUAGGUUUCAAAAAGGCCAAAUAUGGAAAGUUUGGGGAAAUAUCCCUAUUUGAAGGGAGAAAAAGUUCCAAGUGCUUUAGAACUUGCUAUUCAAGUGUUGGCAAGAACCAGUGAUGCUGGGGCACCUGGGUGGCUCAGUUGUUAAACAGCUGCCUUCAGCUCAGAUCAUAAUCCCAGGGUCCUGGGAUCAAGACCCACAUCAGGCUCCCUGCUCAGCAGGAAGCCUGCUUCUCCCUCUCCUACUCCCCCAUUUGUAUUCCCUCUCUCGCUGUGUCUCUGUCAAAUAAAUAAACUAUCUUAAAAAAAAAAUACAAAAAAACUAGUGAUGCUGGCAUCACCUAAGAGCUUGUUAGAAAGACAAACCCUUCACCCCAAGAUGUACUGGAUCAGAAUGUACAUUUUAUAGCAAGAGUCCCCAGGUGACUCAGGCACACUGAAGUCUGGUAAGUACUGUUCUAGAAAACACAGCAAGCCUCCAAACACCAGAUAAAAGAGACUACAGAGACCAAGCAAUGAGUGAACCCUGAUUAGAGAAAUAAACAUCACUAGAAGGCAUUUCAGGUACAAGUGAGGAAAGUGACUACAGAAUGGACAGUAUGGACUAUUAACUUUCUUAGGUGUGAUAAUGGUAUUAUGGUUAUGCAAGAGACCAGACCUUCUUAUUUCAAAGUAGACGCAUGCUGAAGCAUUUAGGGAGGUGUCAAGAUAGCCACGACUUCCCAAGAGCCCAGCAAAAGAAAGGGAAAAAAAGGAGUAACAAAAAACUGUGGCAAAAGGUAAAUGUGUUCACUGUACUUUGAAAGGUUUACGAAGAAGCUGAGAAAUGAAAAAUAAUUUUUAAAACACCAAUCCUACUUGUCAGGAAUACUUACCAGGCCUCAGAGUCUGAGUGUAGCCCACUCCAAUUAAACUAGAGUUGUUGACUUUUGCCUAAAAUAAAACACAAAAACAGCUGUAAAAAAAAUUUCUGAAUGGAGAGAGGAGAGACAGCCCCUGCAGGUUUCCCUAUUAUGCAAAUUAUGAACUAUUCCGCUUUUUUUAUUCACAUGUGAGAUAAUAAAAUUCACACAAACCAAGAGAAACUCUGGACUCUGGAAACUGAGGGUUGCAGAACGGAAGGUGGCUGGGAGAUGGGGGAACUCGGUGACAGCACUGAGGACACACGAUGUGAUGGGCACUGGGUAUUAUACGCAACUAAUGAAUGAAUGAACACUACAUCUAAAACUAAUGAUGUACUGUUACACUGGCUAACUGAAUUAAUUUUUUUUAAAGACUUGUAUAAAAUAAAGAUUUCGUAACAUUUGGGAAAAAGUACAAUUUAAUACUAUUAAAAUUUAACACUGUUACUAAGCCCAACAAAACCCAGGUGCCACUUAAUUCUUAUCCAUUAAACUCCAAGUCAAACUGUCAGUACGACACAAUAUUCUUGGUAGUAAAAAGGUUGACAACUUCUGACAUCAGAACAGAUUUGGAAAUUAUUUGAUGUCUUCACUCUUUUAUAAUGUGUAACAUCGAAAUAGUCCAGAGAGAGAAAUCAUAUAACAGACAGAAAUCACAGGAACGGCACUUGGGUUCACACGGCAGUAGAGCCAAGUCUUCUGAAGCUACCAAGGACCAAGUAAGCUAUAAAUCUAAGGAAGAAAUGAACCCCCAGUGACCACUCUGUGCCCAACAAAUUAAGAGCCUCAGACUAUUGGACACAAGUUUCUCCUAUUUUAGAACAGAAGUAAACGAUGAAACUGUGAUAGGACAUUAAGCAAUACUUCAGGGUGAUGCUUAAUUGGGGGCACAGAGCACUACUUAGGUGGGAAAUGCUGGAUACAUCUCCAAACAAAUCCCCAGAAGUCACUCAAAGUCACUUUGGGCACACGGACCCAAAGCUGCCUUCCCAUUUUAGACUAUGAGACCACUACACUGGCUGGCACGAAAGCCAUGCUGCUGCUGUAGACGAACAUUUGAAAAGAACAGCAAUGCAGCUACCAGGGAGUAGCAUGCUGUGUGAAUCCUAAGGUUUUCAGUGCCACAGUGCAAUCAGAAACAGAGAAGGGAAAAAUAAUAAAUGAAUCACUGCCUUACCAACCAAUGGGAAAGCAUUCCAGAUGCUUCUUACACUCCCUGAUUACAGCUGCUAACAUAAGAAUGGGGCUAAAGCUUAACUGCCCAAAUUAUCAAAAACAUGUUCCCACUUUAUGUAACAGAAAUAACUCCUGUGGAAAGUUUAACUUUCUUUAAUUCCCAGUACGUACAGUACAGGCCGUGCCUGACAUGCAGGAACAGCUGCUGACCUGCCUGAAAUCAGAGCCGGCAUCUCUACACUGUCAGACACUGCACUCCCUCCUGCCCCAAAACUCACUAGGGCUGAAAGAGGAAGUAGC